UCCACUAGGGUCUGUAAAAUUAAAUGUAAUAAAUUUUAAUAUGCAUAAAAAAACAUGAAUAUAAUACAAUAGAUUAUUUACAUCAUCUGAUGGGUGAUCCAUACAUAUAAAUUAAAUGUAUUAAUAAAACCUACACUUGCAGUUUCACUUCUUGUCUGCCGUGUCACAAAAACCCAGGAGUUUAAAUUAAAAGCAAGUCAUGAUCUGCUAAUCUAAAAAACUGUUACUUUUUAAUAUUGCUGUGCACAAUCUUUUCUCACCUUCAUUUGUGUGUGCAGUCUCUCUCCCCAGGUGGCAGUGUUCUUUGGUGGUUUAUCUAUAAAGAAGGAUGAUGAGGUUCUGAAGAAAGAGAGCCCUCAUGUGGUGGUGGAAACUCCUGGAUGCAUUUAGCGUUUCAACCUGCGCCACAUCAAGCACUUCAUCCUGGACGAAUGUGACAAGAUGCUGGAGCAGCUUCGUGAGCAGACUCUUUACGAGACUAUGACUGUGUUCCCAACGAAAUUACACUGAAUUCUGUGCAGUACACACAUGCAUUUUUCUUUAAAAGCUGUAGGAGAAACUGUAGGCAUUAUUCUGCUGUCCCAUUGUUGUCAGAUAGCAAAACAAAAAAAUAACACAAUGCAUUUUAAUUCAGUCUUUAAUAAUAAUUAUCUAAACAUUGCACAUCGCACACUAUACUACUUACACUAUGUACUUCAGAAACAGUUUGAGUAGCAUGCUGUGCCAAACAAAGCUAUGAUUAAUAUAAAUUUUCCCCUGCAGACAUGUGGCGUGAUGUCCAGGAGAUCUUUCGUAUGACCCCUCACGAGAAGCAGGUCAUGAUGUUCAGUGCCACCCUGAGUAAAGAGAUCCGUCCCGUCUGCAGAAAGUUCAUUCAAGACCCCAUGGAAAUGUUUGUGGACGACGAGACAAAGCUGACGCUUCACGGCCUCCAGCAGUACUACGUCAAGCUGAAGGACAACGAGAAGAACAGGAAGCUCUUUGACCUCCUGGACGUGUUGGAGUUCAAUCAGAUUAGCUCUAUAUCAGCAGUUCAAGGAUCUCCAGAGACGGAUCCUAGUAGCCACAAACCUGUUUGGCGGAGUUAUGGACAUGAAAAGAGUCAACAUUGCCUUCAACUACGACAUGCCUGAAGAUUCAGACACAUACCUGCACAGGGUUGCGAGGGCCGGCAGGUUUGGAACGAAAGGUCUGGCCAUCACCUUUGUCAGAUGAGACUGACGCCUGCACUUUGAACGAUGUUCAGGACAGGUUUGAGGUAAACAUAAGUGAACCUCCAGAGGAGAUUGACAUCUCUUUAUACAGUGAGUGCA